CAUACUUGGCACAGGGGACCCCAGUCUGCAGUCAAGUUGUGUCCCUUCUAGGAAAAAAGGAAGACAAGGUCAAAUCAUCAUGGACCCUGAGCAGACCAUUUCUCAGACGGCUGAAUUUUCCUGGAAAGAUUUUAUUAAUGCCCUGUCCCUGGCCCACAUGGUCCUGGGGCUCUUCUCCAUCUUCUGCAGCUUCAGCAGGAAAUCCCACUGUGCUUCCUGGAUGCUUCUGAUCAGCUUCCUGUUAGACAUGGCAAUAGGGACAAUGACCAGAUACCUCCACAUCUGCCACAAAGUGGGACUGGAGCUGAACGACUUGGCUGUCUUCACCACCUUUGGCCUGGCCUCGGCUCUGCUCCUCGGCGUGGACGGGCCUCUGAAUGGGUUCCUGGCCAUCAUCUAUGUGCUAACCACUUCUUUCCGCCUGUGUUUUUGUCAAACUGGAGGAGCUCCCUCUGCAUACAAGGGCCUGCCCUGCCCCUACGCCUCCUGUGUUUUGGCCUCCACCUGCCUUCUGACCAAGGGCAACACUUUCGUUCUCUGUUGCAUGGCUUCCCUCAUGAUUCUGUUCAUGAUCGACCAGAGCUGCUACCCACAUGACGAAAUCCUGCAGUCGGAGAACUGGAAAAAAGGAGUUUACCUGGGAGGUAUCAUCAUGCUGGUUUUCUCCCCGUUCUCGCUCACCGCCUUUUACUGCCUGACUUGGUCACUUUCCUACAUCUUCUUCCCAGAUGCCCUGUGGGGGAAGGAAUGUGUAUUAAGCUCUUGCACGGGGAAACCAUAGCUUCACCCUCUGAGGGCGCUACGCUUAGCAAGCUGGACCAAGACCUGCUUACCCUAACUAAAGCUCUUCUGGUGCCUGUAUUAUCAUAUGCUUGGUGCACGUCCUCUCUUGCCUUGUAUCAUAUCGACCCACAGUGGGCCCAUAAGCCUUUGCUUCUUUCUCCUUAUUAAGGGUUCAGACUACCUUUUGGGUAAUACUUGAAUCAGUAAUGUAGGAUAGACUUUUGUUUCCAAGGUAAGUUUUGGGCUGAAACUCAAACCCAGCCUUGGACACAUGAGACUCUAUCUCAAAAAUAUUGAUUGAUUGUAUCAACUGGUGUAUUAGUCAGGAGCAGAGGGGAUAGGACGAAUCUCUAUCAAUCAU